AGCAAUUUCCAGCCGGCGCCAUGUGCAGAUUCAACGCUUCCAGAGGCCAAUGCCGAAUACCACGUACUGCAAAGAAUGGGCGACAGAAGAGGCGCUCCCCCUGCCGUCGCAGCCAUUCCUUACGGCCUACAUGACAGUCCUGGCCUUGGCAGCCCUGGUGCUUGGUGUGACCAUCCGCAGUUUGCGACCACAGGCCAUCAGACAACUUCUGAAAGAUGCUGGUGUAGCAAUGCACAAGGUGAAGAGCACUGCCACUGAAAUCGAACGGAAGAUCUUCCACCUCUGUGGUUUGUUGGUACCAUUGACUUACCAACUCCUGCUGACACAUGGAGUUUCUAGAGGCUUUUGUGUGACAUUGUGCUGGCUAAUCACCGUUGUGGGCGUUUGCUGUGACUACCUGCGAGUGCACGUGCCGUUUGUCAGGGAUCACUGGCCCUUGAAGUCGAUCCUUCGCGAAAAGGAAGCGAACCAACUCUGCGGAGGAAGCUACUUCUCUCUGGGUUGUACAUUAGCGAUUCAGGUCUUUGCCCCAGUGAUAGCCAUGACAUCCAUUCUCUUUUUGGUCAUGGGCGAUAUGACCGCAGCUUUGAUUGGCCGCUCCUUUGGUCAAAGCGUUUGCAGCAUGAAGAUUGGCCCUGGAGGCAAGAAGUCUGUGGAGGGCAGCGCAGCUAUGUUUCUGACCUGCUUUGUUUUCGGUUGCACGAUUUUCAGUCCCGUUCAUCUCAGAGAAUAUGCUGUGGUCAUCGGUGCCCUGGUGGCCACCUUGACGGAGCUGUACGAACCCUUUGGCAUCAACGACAAUGUGACAAUACCUUUGCUGAGUGGCGUUGCAUUGACCUUUGGCUUUGCCAGAACGUAUUCCUGUGAACCGGCACGUAGCCCGUUACUAUGGUAUUUGUGAGGGAUCAGCUUGAGACAAGCGAGAAAAACGGCCAUGUAUGCCAUUGUUUUUG